UUACAUCUUAUCGUUUCAGAUGCUGUUGCGGUUAGCUUUACUGACGUCUUUCUGUUUUUGUGUUGUCAGGGCUGUGCUAAACGGAAACGACUUCAAGCGACGUGAAACGGGCUUCGACCUAUAUGGCCCACCACCAAGGCCAACAUCACAUUUCAAUCAUACACCCCAGCCAAUACCACAUCGUGAGUAUGGUGUACCCCAGCAGAUUCCCUUUAGAGAUUACAGCUUGCCGGCAUUAAAAUAUGGCCCUCCAAAACUGAACAAUUUUGGUGGUGAUUCUGGGCUAUCUUCGAAUGGAUUGCAUGAGCAAAUCAAGACACACUUUGGCGUUCCCAAACCAUUCUAUGGACCACCGCAUGCACAGUAUGGACCCACAACAGAAUAUGGUACAUCGCAACCAGCACCACAUUACGGUCCACCACCAAAAUCACUUCCACCGCAAUUGAAAAUUCAACAUCGCCAGGCACCACAGUACGCACCACCUUUAAAACAAAAAUUUUUCACAAGGCCUGUAUCACCACAGCUUUUGCCCGUACCACAUCCUGCCCAACUGUUUAAGCCGGUUCAUCACCCAGCAACUUCUUAUGGCCCCCCCGCCUCGGGACCAUCAAACCUCCCUGCUCAGCAAGCUUACGAAACACCAUCAAACUACGGACCACCACCACUUCCCAUUAACGUACCAGGUCCUCAAUCAACAGAUUUCAACCGUACUCCAGAAACGAAUAUAAUAUUAAAUAUUUUAGGUGUACAGCAAUUCCCUAGUGGCCCAGUUGAUAGCCCUUUUAGGCAAGUUCAGAUCCAAAUAGAUGCCUCUGGACACACACACAGUGUGACUGGCUCACAAACACCUUUUCACACUGCAUGCGAUGGCUGGAAACCUAUUCCAUCACCGAUUGGGACCUACAUUGAAAAAAAUCACAUUGAAACUGAAGGUGGUUAUAGUCAUGUCGAUCAGCGCCACAUAAUUGGCUCCCAAUAUAAUUUGGGUAGUGUCAACAGUGACAAAACUGUCAACGGCCUUUCUGACGAGCAACUUGUAGCAGUCGCACUUCAGAGUGAGUCUAGUAAUACAGUAACGGAUCUUAGUAGCGACGGUAACUUGAGCACCGUUGACUCUGAAGCGUUACAGGUUUCCGCCGGCGCAAAUGAUGAUACUUACUCCAAGCCCCCACCAGAUUCAUAUCAGCCUGGCUCUAUACAUGAUACAAAAUAUAAAACUGUUGCUGCGGAAGGUCUGGCACCAUCACAGAUAUUUGGUCCUAAGUAUGGCGUUCCUGCUGAUGCGUUCCCUCAGUCUCAAGCCCAGUCGCAUCCACAUUACAAUUCAAAUAUCCUGUAUGGUGCACACUCAGGUAAUCCAAAAUUUGAUCCCGGACUUUCUAAGUCACCAGUCGCAUUCCGCCCACCUGUGCCGACAGGACUCAUAGAGUCUAUAGGGGCUACUGUGCAGCAUUUGGAUGAAUUUGGUGUAAAGCCGCAGCAGCAAACGCCUACUUAUAUUCCACCAGCAACUCACGAAAUUCCAUUAAGUAAUGCGGUUUCUGCAUCACUAUCCACAUACGGCGUGCCCUUUAAUAGGCUAGCAUCAUCGCAGAUUAUUUUACAACAGCAGCUCCCGCAAUCGCAUCAAGGGCCCAGUUUUGCUCCAUUUGGUGUAGAAUCACUACCACGUCUUCAAUUUACUCCUGCACCGCAGCAACAGCGGGCACCGGAGCAAUAUUUUUCAGAUAGACCCUCCACAAAUAUACAUCCACCGAGUCAGCAACAAAUAAGCAAUAAUGUGAUUCCCCUGAAUAUGCCAUCACUUUUAUAUUCUCAGGCGCUUCCAUUAAUCCAGCAAAUUGAACGAUUUAAGCAACAAACGUCUGUAUCAGUGGGACGGCAUCCUAACCAGCACCAUCAGGCACAAAUUGUGUUACACGAUUGCGGCCAAGGCCCCAAUUUGAUCAGCAGCUCUGGGUAUAAAGUGCAGCAGCAGCAACAAUUCGGUAGCGUCUCGGCAAAAUCUCCUAGCCUAUACAAUGCUAUAGCGCAGAGUGUUCCUGUAGCGGAACAUCAUACACAAUUUUUAGGUGGUAUUGCUGACAGUUAUGGGCCACCGUCUUCGGGAAAUGAAAUUGAGCUUGAUCAUUUCGGCUAUGAGUCACAAAAGUCGGUAAUCGCAGCACUGCCGGAUGGUACAGAUCUGCAGAAGCUACCAGGUUUAAAUGACUUGAAUGUGAUAUCUACACAAAAGUCUCAAGGCAUUAAAUUUGGCGCAAGUAAUGGACAGCCAAUUCAAAACUUUCAAGUACAAUUUGAUGGUUCAGUAGAUAAUGCUGGUACUAAUCAAGGAAAUGAUGAUAAUAUUGAUAAUCCAAAUGUAACCCAUGAAGAGAUUCUGUCGCAAGGUCUACUUCAAUCAAUACUGACUGCAAUAGAACAGCCCCAAUCAUCGUCGUCUGUGCCACAGAGCCAUAAUGCACAAAGUCGUUCUGACGACCGAUACCAAGUGAAUGAAACGACACGCGAUAUAGGAGAUAACAAUCAGCACACAAAUGAGCAUCAUGACACGCAUGAAAGUGCCGAAUUACGCAUUUUGCCCGACACAAAUAACAAGAACACAAAGGAUAACGAAAUAGUGCCUAUUGUAGCUGCCGAUGUGGAAGAAAAGUCCAUGCAUUAAGUCACUAGAGAAAGUAUAG